AUGGCAAUGCAAGGCAAGGUAGGGACGAGUAAGUUUAAGUAGGGUAGAUUUUAAGUAUUUUUAGCUUAUAAGGAAAACAUUUUUAGAAAUUUCACUAAACAAUUGAUUGUGCCGGAAGUGUUUGAACAGGUUUCAAAAAACUGCGUGAAGAGUGAAUAGUUUUUAACCAAGAGAUUAACAUAAUAUUUGCCCUUAAGCGCAAAUUGUUUAGUCACCUUUCACAGUCAAAAAUACUGCUUUUUUAAUAUUUGAACAUACAGAAUUACCAAGGUUAAUAUCGGGUAUAUAAAGGUUAGCUUGGCUAAAAUUUUAAUAAUUUCACAUUUGGCACGUUGGCUUUAUCGUGCUUUGACUGUCAGAUCACGCUUUAGGUUUAAAAUCGUGGUUUAAUAUCUAAAAUAUAAAAUGAAGGUUAUAUUGUUUAUAUCUAGUAUAAUAUCAGUGGCUUCUGCGCUAACUGCCGAUGAACAAUCAAGUGUAGUUGGCUACCAUAAUGACUACAAACGGACAGUAGCUUUCGGAGAGCAAGAAGCGGCUAAUGGCAAGUUGCCAGCUGCUGCUGAUAUGUUAGAGUACAGUUAUGAUACUGAUGUGGAGUCGGCUGCUCAAGAUUGGGCUGAUAGUUGCAACUUCUCCCAUAACGGAUAUGCUGGUGGUCAAAAUCUGGCUGUGUUUGGAGGUAGUGGCAUGAAUAACACUGCUCUACUUCAACAAAGCGUCCAGAUGUGGUUUAAUGAGGUUGAGGACUUUGAUGUGAAUGAUGUUAGCGACUUUGAGGUGGAUUCUAGUGCUACUACUGGGCAUUUUACUCAAGUAGGUUUUAAAGAGAAGCUCAAGUUUUAAUUUUUAAGUCUAAAAUAUUAAAUUUUAAUCAAGUCCCUUGACUUAAAGCGCAAAAAAACUCAAAUAUUAGUCCAGAACCUACUAUAAUAUAACGUUUUUUCUAAUUUCAGGUGAUUUGGGCCAAGUCAUCUACCCUAGGUUGUGGUGUGCAGCAAUGUGCUACAAUUGAAAACCUUUCCUCUGAUUUUGACAAUGGCUACAUCGUCGUAUGUAACUAUCAAUCUGCUGGUAACUACCUUGGUCAACCUGUCUACACAGAAGGCGAUGCUUGCUCCAAAUGCCCUGACGGAUACAUUUGUGACAAUGGGUUGUGCUCGCAAUCUUCGUAG